UUUGAUAUAUUCUGCGCAUGACAGAGUUAAAGUCGAUGUAAACGGAAGUUCCGGUUUCUUUUCUCUGCUUGGGUGCGAGAAGAUGACGUGCAAACGUCGUAACGGAGGGCGUGCAAAGCAUGGCCGUGGCCAUGUCAAUCCAGUUAGGUGCACAAAUUGUGCACGUUGUGUUCCAAAAGACAAGGCAAUUAAAAAAUUCGUCAUCAGGAACAUUGUUGAAGCAGCUGCCGUAAGAGAUAUCACAGAAGCCAGCGUAUAUCAAGCCUAUCAACUCCCAAAAUUAUACGCGAAGUUGCACUACUGCGUUUCAUGCGCUAUUCACUCUAAAGUUGUUCGCAACAGAUCGAAGGCUGAUCGUCGCAUCCGAACACCACCUGUUCGCAAUUUCCCCAGGGAUAUGCGUCAAGGACAGCAGAAUCGCAAAUAAUUAAUAUUGUGUAUGGAUUUUAAAAAAUAAAAAAAUUUUACACUUGUA